AUGGGUCAACAGGUUUCUGAGAUUGAGAGCACACUCCCUCUUGGUAUCUUCGGUCUGGACCAGUACCAAUGGUCCGGCUCCGCUGGUGCUGUGUGGGAGGUGUGGAAGCUCGCCCCAUGCUGCGGUGCCCCGGAUCUCUUCGGGGUUCUCUGCUGCUUCCUGCACUGGACGUUCCUCAGCCCCUGCUCCAUGUGUAAACUGUACGCCACAAGUCUGGACGAUCCCUGCGCGCUCUGGCCCCAUUGUUUCUGUAUUCUCUGCUGCCCAAUCGGGCGUCUCUUCACGCGGUACAAUCUGCGCAAGAAGAACGGAACCACAGGCAAUAUCAUUGGAGACUGCUGCUGUGCCUGCCUCUGCCUCUCACCAUGUGCGUGCUGCCAGGAGCUCCGCAGUGUGGAGCCGGGGGCGUGGCGUAUCGUGCCGGAGAUCCCAUCCAUUGCCGUGAUUGUGCCAGGCGUGCGCUUCCUGCGGUAG